CACUGUGCUGCGGGACUUUUAUUGUGAAGUGCGGUGCGGACGGGUGUUCUCUGCGCAGCUGUGAGCAUGUCUAAAGCACGGCAGAAGCGCGCGCGGCGGCUCGGGUUCUGCGGUAAACAGGGUAAGGAUGGGCAGCAGGGGGAGUGCAGGGGCAGCAGGGUGGAUGUGGAUCAGAGGAAGGUCGGGUCUCGGGGAGAACAGCGCCGGAGCGGAGCUGAUCUCAGACAGCAGCGGCUGGAGGAGCAGCAGGAGAGGCAGAAGAUCUCCCGAGAGAAGGAGCUGAUGAAGAGGAGAAGUCUGGAAAGCUUUCAGAAAGACAUCCAGCAGAGACAGGGUGCGUUCGAGCUGAAGGAAAUGGAAAUGAAGAAUUUGGAGAAGAAUGUUAAUUUUGAGAAUGAAAAUUCAAGAAAGGCGUAUUACAGAGAAUUUAAAAAAGUGAUUGAAGCUGCAGAUGUUAUUCUGGAGGUUCUGGACGCCAGAGAUCCGUUAGGCUGCCGUUGUCCUCAGGUGGAGCAGGCUGUGGUUCAGAGCGGAACAAACAAGAAAAUCGUUCUUGUUCUUAAUAAAAUCGACUUGGUGCCGAAAGAUCUUGUGGAAAAGUGGAUUAAGUAUCUUCGCAAUGAGUUUCCCACUGUGGCCUUCAAAGCUUCAACACAGCAACAGAACAGAAACCUGAAGCGGAGUCAGGUCCCGGUGACUCAGGCCAGUGCGGAGCUGCUGGGAUCCAGCGCCUGCGUUGGAGCCGAGUGUCUGAUGAAGCUGCUGGGAAAUUACUGCAGAAACCAGGAUAUAAAAACCACCAUAACCGUGGGAGUGGUGGGGUUUCCUAACGUUGGGAAGAGCAGUCUGAUUAACAGUCUGAAGCGAACGCGAGCGUGCAGUGUCGGAGCGACGCCUGGAGUCACCAAGUGUUUACAGGAGGUCCAUUUAGAUAAACACAUUAAAUUACUGGAUUGUCCUGGAAUUGUUAUGGCCACGUCUAACAGUGAUGCUGUGAUGAUCCUGAGGAACUGUGUGAAGAUCGAACAGCUGGUGGAUCCAGUUCCAGCUGUUGAAGCCAUAUUGAGACGCUGCAGUAAGACUCAGAUUAUGGAAUUCUACAGCGUCUCAGAUUUUCACACGGCUCCGGAGUUUCUGGCGCUGUUGGCUCGUCGGCAGGGAAAACUGCGAAAGGGUGGUUUACCGGACAGCGACGCUGCGGCCAAGAGUGUCCUAAUGGACUGGACUGGAGGACGCAUCAGCUACUUCACACACCCUCCAGAAACACACCGCCUGCCCACUCACGUCAGCGCUCAGAUCGUCUCUGAGAUGGGGAAGGAGUUCGACUGGGAGGAGCUGGAGAAAGGAAAUCAGGAGACUUUAGCAGGCUGCAGCUCCACCGAUGCGCCGAUGAGUUUCUGCAUGGCUACAUCAGAAAUGACGGAGUUAGAGGUGGAAGAAACUGAUGACCAGGAGUCUAUGGAUGCAGAUCAGGAUCCAGAGUUUGGACACAUGACCGUACAGCUCAAAGAACCAAAAUCUAAAUCCGGUGAAGCUGUGGCGUCUCAGGCACCGAAACCUGUGGAUUUAAAGGAUAUUCUGGAUGUCGACCCACUUCAGCAAGGCCAGGCUCUGACUGCUGCAAACAAGAAGAGAAAAAAGCAGCAGAAAAGAGCAGAUAAACUUGCCACCAAACUCUCUGAUUCUCUUACAUCAGCCAUGAAUUUUGCUUUUCUGGACAGCUGAAAUUACAGGACACUCUCAGGAAGGACAGCAUUGGCGUGAUUAACAUAUCAUAUAUAGCCUAUGUUAUGUUAUAUAUGUAUAUUUAAAUUAUGUUCAUGGUGUAAAUGGAAAAUAAAACAUUUCUGAUCAAAUGUACUUCAUACCCUCCAAGAAAAAGGAAAUAAAGGCAAAACAGCUUUGCCAAAUAAUUCAA